AUGGGCUGGCAGAGGGGUGGUUGGCGAGGGUUUUCUCUUCUCGGUGGUGGUUGUGCUAUCUCUGGUUUAGCUAGGGAAACUAAAGGCUUGUUUUGUAGUAGUAAGGAGCACGAUACACUUGUUAUGGCUCUUAAACAAGUGGAUGUUGUUAUAUCUACGUUACCUGUUCCUCAACAUCUUGAUCAACUCAAGAUACUCAAAGCUAUAAAAGAGGCAAAAGAAGCUGGUAACAUCAAGGGAAAACAGAGAUUUGUUCCAUCAGAGUAUGGGAAUGAAGUGGAUAGAGUGAGUGGAUUGCCACCAUUUGAGGCUUUACUAGAAAAUAAAAGGAAGAUCAGAAGAGCCACAGAGGCAGCAGGGAUUUCGUACACCUACGUAUCUGCAAAUGCAUUUGCAGCCUAUUUCAUUGAGUACCUGCUUCAUCCACACGAUCAAAGUGCUCCAAACGAACACCAAGUCAAAGUUUAUGGCAGCGGCCAUACCAAGGAGUGUAACUACUCUUCAAUUCUUAUAGCUCGCAUGAGAGUUAGUGUAUCUACUACAAAAGAUUCAUUUUAA